CGGCGAAGGAAGUACCCUCUCUUAGCGUCGCUCUGAUUGUUCAUGAACCCUGUAAUCGACUUGAGGGUGGCCUUACGACUGUUAAAGGGAUGAUCCCAACAAAGAGAGGGGGCUCCGAGGGAAAGACUCAUCACUCUACAACAUGGUGGUCCAAAAAGCAGCUUCACAGCUUGAGCCGCGCCAGAUCAAAAUAAAGUGGCCUCAACUGGACGCAACAAUAACCGUGGACUUCACAACAGGACUAAACCCUGGUCUCAUUGAUCUGCUUUUCGAGUACCUGCCGUAUCGCUCGCUCCAGAACCAUGCAUUGGUCUCUGGAGAUCACUUGUAUCACCUUGUGCCUUCCGAGCGACUGAUUUAUACCAAGGCAGACUAUACGGUUCCAGACAGAACUACUGAGCCGGACGGGACCGUAUUUCUCUCCGGGCUUCAGCACUUGGCCAUUAAGUACGGCACGCUUUCGGAAUACUUACCGGCUGCGCCGUGCGGAAAUGUCGUCCCUCAGGAUAUAAAGAAGCUGCGAGAAGUGGGGAAUUCUAUCUGGAGGGCUUGUAAUGAGACGAAGCAAGUCAUCGACGUUAUUGUCUGGGACGCAUCUCAGCCGGAACCGACGGGCCAUCUUCCUCUUAUUUGUGAAAGACGCGGUGCUACUACAGAGGUCAAUGACCUAGUCGAGGCAAUCCAUGAAGAGACAGAAGCUUCAUGGUCCGGGAUUUCUAAUGACUUGCACGUGGUCCACAAAGGGAUGGCUCCUUCUGGUGCAGGCUCUAAGGAAUCGUAUUUCGCCACUAUGGUAUUCAUUAACGGCGAGAUCCGACCGCUUGGUUACAACGUGUUGAAUAACAUCCUCAAAAUUUCCGCAACACAACCUCACUUUAACCUACAGCAUCUUGUAACUUUAUAUAGCGUUUUUGCCUCCACACCAUCCGAGUUUGUCGGCUAUACUGGAGCAACAUUCCUUUAUACAACAUUUCGGAAAAUAUCCGCACUUAUUGAAACGGCUGUGUUGGCCAACGACAACCAAGACGAAGCUCGCCAGGACUUUCUGGCCAUGAUUAGCGCCUUUGCUCGUUAUGUCAAUCUGCUGAACGCUCAGAAUUUGCACUUGUUCCCGUGGAGGCACACCAAGGAAUAUCCCAUGUUUCCGCAGUCUUAG